AUGGAGCAUCUCGAAGGUGUCAUCAACAAACCAGAGGCGGAGAUGUCCCCACAAAAGCUGCAGCUCCAUUAUUUCAAAAUGCAUGAUUAUGAUGGCAAUAAUCUGCUUGACGGCCUAGAACUCUCCAUGGCCAUCACUCAUGUCCAUAAGGAGGAGGGAAAUGAGCAGACACCAAUGAACAAAGAUGAGUUGAUCAACUUAAUAGAUGGUGUUCUGAGAGACGAUGACAAGAACAAUGAUGGAUACAUCGACUAUGCUGAAUUUGCAAAAUCCCUGCAGUAG